GCCCGUGUGACUGCACACACAAAAGCGACCCGCGCGCGCGCCACCGCCGCGGCCGCCGCCGUUGUCGCACGGUUGUCGGUUUUCUUACGCGCGCGCGCGGCGGCGGGAAGGCGCGCGAUGGCUGGCGGUGGGCGGGCGGCCGGAGGCUUACAUACAUGCAAGUUCCGGGGACAAGCAGCCGAUCCGUGGCAGUCGCUCGUUACCCAUCGACGGUGUCGCGCGCAGAAUACACCGUGUGUGCGUGCGUGUGUGUGUGCGUGUGUGUGUGUGCGUGUGUGUGUGCGUGUGUGUGAUGUGUGUGUGUGUGUGUGCGAGUGUGUGACCGUCCGCCCGCUCGACGCCGGACACUAUUUAUGAUAAUAAUAUCGUAACUACAUCUGCACGAUAUCAUAUUUUGUAUAGUACGGAGAAAAAAAAAUUUUUUUUUAAUUUUACACACACACAAAAUAACUUUAAAACACGCGUAAUACAAUAAUAUUAUAUUAUAAUAUAGUAUUUCCUGUUACGUACACAAUUCCUGUAUAGUAUAUACAUACAUUAACGGACGUGCAUGUGCACGCGCGAACUUAAGUAAUUUACAAGUCCAACGAGGUGUUUGCUACGUAAGAACAUAACAAGAUAUUAUACGACGACAACUGCAGCGGAAGUUUUUGUUUCGUCGCGAGUCACCGUCACCGGACCAGGCACGCACUGCAACAAUCGGUCACUAUAUAGGGGCACAGGGCUCAUUGGCACGCACGGCGCGCGUCAAGUCGCGCGGCCGGCCGCCGCCCGCGUCCCGUCACGUCUGCCUGCUGAUCAAGUCGCUGCAGCAGCAACACCCGCAUCGCCGACAACACCGGGACCACCGACUGGCCAUGGCCGCGAGGUAACAUCGCGCGCGCCGGCCAGAUACCUCCCGUGUGGUACGCGGCGACGACGAGACGUUGGCCACACCGUGGUAUUUGAUGUUUCCGGAUCGGACGGCCCCGGCGAGGUACAAUGCUUCCGGAAAGGCAAUGCUGCGCGCAGCUAUGCCCGGUGCAGGCGACGACGAUGCCGCCGAAGACCGAGUGCCUGCAAGACCGCAAGUGGUGGUGCUUCCUGCUGUCCAGCGUGUUCACGUUUCUCGCCGGGCUGCUGAUCGUGCUCCUAUGGCGGUUCUUCGCGUUCCUGUUCACGCGCAAGCAGCCCGCCGAGCUCGCGGCGCCCGGUUGCCCGAACAGCGAGCCCAAGAAGGAGCCGAAGCGGCAGGGCAAACAGGAGUUCGAGGGAACGUUCAUGACAGAGGCCAAAGACUGGGCGGGCGAACUGAUAUCCGGACAGACCACUACCGGGCGGAUAUUGGUGGUGCUUGUGUUCAUUUUAAGUAUAGCAUCUCUAAUUAUAUAUUUUAUCGACGCCUCCAACGAGGAGGUUGAACGAUGCCAAAAGUGGAGUCACAAUGUUACUCAACAAGUAGAUUUAGCGUUCAAUAUUUUUUUUAUGGUUUACUAUUUUAUAAGAUUUAUAGCCGCCAGUGAUAAGUUAUGGUUUAUGUUAGAAAUGUACUCGUUUGUAGACUACUUCACGAUUCCACCGUCGUUUCUUUCGAUAUACUUGGGUCGAACUUGGAUCGGUCUAAGGUUCCUCCGAGCUCUGCGCCUAAUGACAGUGCCUGAUAUUUUGCAAUAUUUAAACAUUCUAAAAACGUCGAGUUCAAUUCGACUUGCUCAACUCGUGUCUAUUUUUAUAUCCGUGUGGUUGACCGCCGCCGGAAUCAUCCAUCUCCUGGAAAACUCGGGAGAUCCAUUUGAGUUCCAAAACCAACAACGUUUAUCAUACUGGACUUGUGUGUACUUUUUGAUUGUCACCAUGUCCACGGUCGGAUACGGAGAUGUGUUUUGCCAGACUAUUUUGGGCAGAACUUUUCUAGUAUUUUUCCUACUCGUCGGCCUCGCGAUUUUUGCGAGUUGUAUACCCGAGAUAAUUGACCUGAUCGGAACUAGACCAAAAUACGGAGGAACCCUGAAGAAUGAACGUGGAAGGAGGCACAUCGUCGUUUGCGGACACAUUACCUACGAGUCAGUGUCGCAUUUUUUGAAAGAUUUUUUACACGAAGACAGAGAGGACGUAGACGUGGAAGUGGUAUUCUUACACAGGAAGCCACCUGACCUGGAACUGGAAGGACUUUUCAAGCGACAUUUUACCACUGUCGAGUUCUUCCAAGGUUCUAUAAUGAACCCUAUUGAUUUGCAAAGGGUAAAGGUCCACGAGGCUGAUGCCUGUCUGGUGUUGGCAAACAAGUACUGCCAGGACCCGGACGCCGAAGACGCUGCGAACAUAAUGAGGGUCAUUUCUAUCAAAAAUUACUCGGACGACAUAAGGGUCAUUAUACAACUCAUGCAGUAUCACAACAAAGCGUAUUUACUAAACAUUCCGUCGUGGGACUGGAAACAAGGAGACGACGUGAUCUGCUUAGCAGAGUUGAAACUUGGUUUCAUUGCGCAGAGUUGUCUAGCACCAGGCUUUUCCACAAUGAUGGCGAAUCUGUUCGCCAUGAGGUCGUUCAAAACGAGUAGAGAUGUGAUAGAGCGUUUGAUACCGUGUAUAGUUCCUGUGAAGAGUGUGGAGUUUGGUGUAUUUCAGUCUCCGGAUACGCAAGCGUGGCAGAACGACUAUCUGCAGGGCACCGGCUGCGAGAUGUAUACGGAGACCCUGUCCCCGUCAUUCACCGGCAUGACGUUUCCGCAGGCCAGCGAGUUGUGCUUCACGAAGCUGAAACUUCUGCUGUUGGCCAUAGAAAUAAAAGGCGAGGACGGACGGGACAGCAAGAUAUCAAUAAACCCCAGAGGUUCCAAGAUACAGGCGAGCACCCAGGGGUUCUUCAUCGCUCAGUCGGCCGACGAAGUCAAAAGGGCUUGGUAUUACUGUAAGGCAUGUCACGAAGAAAUUAGAGACGAAACGCUGAUCAAGAAGUGCAAGUGUAAAAACUAUGUCGGUAUGAUUAUGAUGGAGACUGGAAUGUUGGCACAUAAUUAUAAUUUCGAGGACGAUCAUCCUCCCCCCACGGAAACUCCACCAACUCUUCCAAAGAGAGUACAUAAUAUCAGAGGUGACGUCGGGAAGGAAAAGGAAAUAACACUGUUGGGCAACAAAAAUACGCCAACAGCAAUGCCUAAUUCGAUAAUGUCGGCGGCGAAACAGGUGAACAAAGUGAAGCCAAUCAACCGUCCGGCGGACAAAGGGUCGCCCAACCAAAACUACAACCGAGCUCAACAAGAAGAAGGAAGCUACGCCGGAUAUCAACUCGCAUACGAAGUUAAAAAAUUAUUACCGACGACCAGAGGAGGAUCGGCCGGCACAAACAUAAAUAGUAACGGUAUUCAAAUCGGUAUCGCCGACGACCAGGCGAAAGACUUUGAUUUCGAAAAGACUGAAAUGAAGUACGACUCCACCGGCAUGUUCCAUUGGAGUUCGGCGAAAAGCCUCGAAGAAUGCAUCCUGGACAGGAACCAAGCCGCAAUGACCGUAUUGAACGGCCACGUCGUGGUGUGCCUGUUCGCCGAUCCGGACUCGCCGUUGAUUGGUCUAAGGAAUUUAGUUAUGCCUCUGCGGGCGUCAAAUUUCCAUUACCACGAGCUCAAGCACGUGGUGAUCGUCGGCGCCGUGGAUUAUAUCCGCCGAGAGUGGAAGAUGUUACAGAAUUUACCGAAGAUUUCGGUGCUCAACGGAUCACCACUGAGUCGAGCUGACUUGCGAGCGGUGAACGUAAAUCUGUGCGAUAUGUGUGUGAUAUUGUCGGCAAAAGUUCCUAGCAAUGACGACCCCACGUUGGCCGACAAAGAGGCCAUUUUAGCGUCGCUGAACAUCAAAGCGAUGACUUUCGACGACACCAUUGGAGUGCUCACGCAAGACGAGACCGCGGUGACCAAACAGUUCGAUCCGGACGGUCUGAACUGCGCCGGCGGGCCAAUUGUGUUGCAAAGACGAGGGUCGGUGUACGGCGCCAACGUUCCCAUGAUUACCGAACUGGUCAACGAUAGUAACGUGCAGUUUCUUGACCAAGACGACGACGAUGACCCUGACACUGAGCUGUACCUCACCCAGCCGUUUGCGUGUGGUACGGCCUUCGCCGUCAGCGUCUUGGACUCGCUCAUGUCAACGACGUAUUUCAAUCAAAACGCGUUGACGCUCAUCCGAUCGCUGAUCACCGGUGGUGCGACGCCCGAACUCGAACUAAUUUUGGCCGAAGGAGCGGGUCUCCGCGGUGGUUACAGCACCGACGAGAGCUUGGCCAACCGCGAUCGGUGCCGGGUCGGGCAGAUAUCGCUGUACGACGGGCCACUGGCACAGUUUGGCGAGGCCGGCAAGUACGGCGACCUGUUCGUGUCUGCCCUCAAGUCGUACGGGAUGCUGUGCAUUGGUCUAUACAGGUACCGGUAUGAACAACUAACUAUACAUGUUUUGUAGUUUGCUAUUAACUUUAAGUGCCACAACCGCAAAACGGAUUAACAGGGGUCCCGGAUCCGUCCCCGACACACACGAUCGUGAUAUCAUAACAAUAUUAUAACAUUAUUAUUAUGUCGUACUACGUACGAAUUUAAUUUUCUACUGCAUUAUUGCAAUCGCCGUGAGGUGGAGUAUGGGACACGUAGUGUUUGGAUUCCAUCGAUAGUUGUUAUCUGUGCUGGAAAAACGUUUCAGAAACGUUCAGUAGCUGCAGGUAUACAAUAGAAUAAAAAAAUAUAUUUUAAAACAGACAAAUUAGUUUGAAAAUUAUUUAUUAAUAAUUUGAUCGUAUCAAAAUUUUCAGUUUAAAAUUAUUAUAAAGAUUCAAAGAUUCGCGUUGAAGAAAACGUAUUGGAUAUAAAUAUUUUUAUAAUUAUUUAAUGUGUUCAGUUUUAAUGUACCUAUUUCACAGGUAUGGUAUUUUAUAAUUUAACGUUCACAUUCCAUAUUAUUUAUUUAAUCGCAAGUUUCAUUAAAAUCGAUUUUUUCCAAAACGUGUGUAAAUAUUUUUUCGGCAAACGACGAAAUAAAGAUAUAAUUUUCACCAAUUUUGCACUUAAGACGGUUUUCUAGCACAACAAUGACAAAAACAAAUAUAAUAUAUAACUUAAUGUUACGAACAACUAUAAAAAUAAUUUUAAAAACUUUUAUUUUAAAUUUGAAACGAAUUUGGUGACCUGACAUAGUCGCCACUUUUAGUAUGAUAUCACGAUGGUUAUUUGGUUUCCUCGAUCAGAAGACGAAUCGUAUUACAUACAUCUUAUUAUAACAUGCACACGAACACGUGACAUGGCGACUGGUAAACAUUAAUGCCAUAACGCCACUACCAUCGUCUUAUAACGAUAUCGCGACCGCAUCUGCAGUUAUCUGUAGCUACGAGAUUGUAGAUUGUUCGGGAGAUGAUUUGAUUCCGAAAAAUGAUAAACCUGAUAAAAAAUAAAUAAAAAAUUGACUUGAUGUUGUUUUAAAAUAAUAUUUAUUGUAAAAUAAUAAAAUUAUGAUUUAUUGUAAGACUAGGAUAUGUGUUAUUCGAAUAAAAAAUAAUGUUGAAGACACGUGUAGGUGUUAUUCAAAUAAUUACAAUGCACCGUGUUAUAGUUUAUAAUUAACUACGUUGAAACAAAACGAAGACUAAACAAAAAUAUUAUAGCCACAAAAUAAAUAAAAUAUUUGUAGAUGUCAAACUAUUAUUAUAAUAUUAUCAUCAAAUCAAUAGACCAAGAAAAAGUGCAGAAGACGUUAAACUUCUUUCCAGAAUGGUACCAAAAUAUUAUAUCGAACAAUAUUAGUUCAUUUCGAUCUAAUUACCAAGCUAAAAUAUAUCGAUAAUAAUUAUUUAUUCAACACAAUUUCAAUGCCUAGUUAACAGACUAAAGAUCUUUUUUUUGUAUUAAUUAAAUAUGAUUAAAGUGUGAUAAUUUUUUAAGACAAUUUUUCGGUUCAUAUUUUGUAUUUUAAUAAUAAUAUGUUGAUACAGAUUGAUGAAACUUAUUAAAGGUCGCUUACUUCAACAUUGAAUUAAUAUUAACAAUUUCAGUACCUAAUACGAUUUUAGGUCAUAAUAUUGUCUAUAGUUUAUAAAUUACUGAGUCGCAUAAAUGAACUUUAAUAGUAAAACUAUUAAUAUAAAUACAAAGUGCACAAUAUCCAAAACAUAUUUUGUAAUUUAACAACCGUACUAUCUCAAUAUUAUACUAUGCAGUCAUUAUUUUUCAGUAAUAGGUCAUAAGACGUGAAAAAGAUAAACCUAAUUAUCACACAUAUAAAUGACAACGUUUUAAAAUCAUUCGUUUUAUUUAUUGGAGAAACAAAAUUGGAUAUUGGUUUCUCGGGAUCAUACUAAAUAGUACCUCAACUUUCCCGGACAAUAUACAGUUAUGGUUACGGCACCGUGGUCGCGAUGACAAUUUAUUUAAUGGACCUAUGAUUUUAGAUUUUUAAAUUACGAUUGAAAUCAUCACGAUUUUUGAUCAACUGUCGAGUACUCGACUUGUUCGUAUUCGUUAGCGUAUAGACGCAAUUUCAUCCGUGGAAGUGGUGGGCGUGUGCAUGUGGACAAAAAGUCUAUUAUCAUUUUUGCUUUAAUAUUGUCGUUUUGAUGAUAUCAUAAUUGCACGAUCACCUACGCUGUUGAGGAGACGAAACAUAUUAUCUGUUCGUCGGGGCCGAAUCGACAAUGGUCUGAAAUUAUUCGAAGACGCACAAUUUUUUUUUUUACAAACAACCAGCUUUUUUUAAAUAGGUGUUGGUGCCGAAUAUAUAUGUAUAUUUAAUGCUUUUUCACUUUAUGUGUAACAAAAAAUUUAAGUUCUUUACAGAGUGGUUAUUUUAUCGAAGAACAAUAAAUUAUUAGUUAAAUAACUUUACCUUUAAAUUUAACGUUUUUGAAAAUAAUAUUUUACAUAUUUUAAAGUCAUUACAAAAUAACAAAUUCGAAGUUAUUUAAAGAAUUUUGUCAUUUUAAAAUCAAAUUUUGGCGAGUAUUUUAUGAGUAUUUAAAACUUUGAUGAACAACAUUUUGCGUGGUACCCUUUUUACCACUUGACUCCACUGAUCAACAUCUUAAAUAACUACUUAAAAAAAUCAAAAGAAUCGUAAGAGUAUUACUAGUCUAAAAUUUGAUUUUUAUAAAAUAUAAAUCAAAGUUCGACAAAAAUUAUUUUAUUUUAGAAUAAAAAUGAAAGCUGCAUGUUUUCAUUCAAAAAAGAAAAAAACUAAACAAUGAUAACGAUAAAAAAUAUAAUUUUUUUAAUAAUGUUUAAAAACUUAACAUUUUGUAAUAAAAAUAUUUUUUUAAUCGUUAACUGUUUUCGGAACAGUGAUUGUUCUUCGAUAAAAUAAUCACUAGCAUAUUACAAAAAAUAUCAUACUAAAUUGUCCUAUUGUCGUCUUUCGGUUCAGACCGGACCCCUUUUAAUUCACCCCUCCUCCUCCCUGUUUGCAUUACUGCGUGUCUGUGUGUAUGUCUGUGGUGUCGGUGUACUCUUAAGUUAUACUGUUUGUGAUUGUCGUCCCUUUUUUGAGUGUUUUAAUGUCGGCGACCGGACGUCGCUAUUCUCAUCCGAUCUCUUCGGU